AUGGAUCAUAUCCAGGUUGUUCAGCAAGUCAUUGAAAGGCACUACAAGUACACCAUGCCUCUGUGCAUGGUUUUCAUUGACUACCAAAAGGUGUUCGACUCAGUAUUCCAGCAAGCAAUAAUCAUGGAGCUUUUUACGCUCCACGGUGUUCUCCUGUUUUUGGCUGCAUUGAGUGGCUGGGGUCGCUUGUCGCCCAGCGGAGAUGGAAGACCUUGUAAUGCUACCUUACAAGCUGUUUGUGGAGAUAAGUGUAUUCCUUUCUCAUGGCUUUGUAAUGGAGAACAAGAUUGCCCUGAUGGUUCAGAUGAACUUUGUGUGGUAGAAUGUGGUGGUGACCCAAAUGCCUGGCAAUGUGAAGAUGGAACAUGUAUUGCUGCUAAGUGGCAUUGUGAUGGUACCAGCGAUUGCCUGGAUGGCACGGAUGAAGAGAAUUGUGUAUGUGCAGAGAAAAAAAUUCCAUGCCAGAGCCACAAUCAAUGCAUCAAUCCAUGGGAUGUAUGUGAUGAUCAUGUGGACUGCAUAGAUGGCUCAGAUGAAACCAACUGCUCACCCAGUAGCUGCUUAGCUGGACAGUGGCAGUGUAAGAACAAAGUCUGUAUUAUGGAAGACUGGAAGUGCAAUGGCAUUGACAACUGUGGGGAUCACUCGGAUGAAGAGUUCUGUGCUCACUGCCCAGAAACAAUGUUCCAUUGUGAUCAAGGGAAAUGCAUUUUGGAAUCUCUAAUGUGCAAUGGUGGUGCAGAUUGCUUGGAUGGCACUGAUGAACCCCGGUCUUGUGGCAAAAAAUGCUCUCUGAAUAAUGGUGGCUGCAUGGAGAAAUGUACAGAGACAUUUUGGGGUGUCAAUUGUUCAUGUGCUGCUGGCUGGGAACUUCUUGCUGAUGGUCAAAACUGUUCAGAUAUUGAUGAAUGUGAAACAGCAUACAGUCCUUGUAAUCAAUUGUGCAAGAACACACUAGGUUCUUUUACCUGUGAUUGUGUUGAAGGAUAUGAACUCUUCAAUGGAACCAUUUGCAGUGUAAUAGAUGGUGAUACCAAAAUGCUACUAACUACGCUACAUCAAGGUCUUGUUCUCCUGGAUUUAAAGACGCACCACCUGGAGAUUCUAGUAUCUACAAAAACAAAACCUGUCUCUGUUGCUUAUGACCUGUUAAGGAGAAGCUAUUAUUGGGUUGGUGAAGAUAAAAAACUGCAUGUUUAUGUGUCUGGAAACAGUGAGAUGAUUCUUUAUCCAGAUGUCAGUGGUGUCAACAGCAUCUCUGUAGACUGGUUCACAGGGCAGUUAUACUGGGCCAGCCAUUUUCCUCGUGCCAUCUUUGCUGGUCUGAAUGACGGUAGGGGCUAUGUAAAGGUCUUAGAGAAAAAUCUGAUACCGGAGCAGCUGAUUACAUUUCCAGAAAAAAGAUACAUGUACUGGGUGAAUUGUGGUGAAAAGGACGGGGCUGUAAUAGAAGCCGCAGGGAUGGAUGGAUCAGACAGACAUGUGCUUGUGGUACUAAUUGCCGAAGAGCCUGUGGGAUUGACUCUUGAUUACAUCACUAAUAGACUCUAUUGGAUCAGUAUGUAUAAAAAGUCUAUUGAAACAAUAAAAGUAGAUGGUUCUGGAAGAUAUACUUUCCCUGAUACAAUCCUGAGAAAUCAGGAUCCCCGAGGACUUGCUGUAUUUGAAAAUCUGUUCUUCUGGAGCACUGCAACACAUUUGUAUUAUGCAUCUCGCACCUCUCCCGGUGUUGGUAUACUGCUGAACGCCUCGAUCUCUUCAUUCACAGUAUUGCAUGAGCUACAGCAGUCACUAAAUAACACAAAUGCAUGUUUACCAGGAGUGUGCAGCCACAUUUGUCUUUUGUCACCAGUUCAUCCCAAAGGCUACAAAUGCGCCUGUCCAAAGGAUACUUUUCUCCUAGCUUCUGGUGAAUGUGGAGAGUUGAAAGUUGUGUAUUCUACUGACCAUGAAAUUUUCCAAGUGCAUUUUGGACCAGAAGGCAUAGUUCAGCAGCAUCAACCCCUGAUACCUGAAUGGCCAGAAAUAAUCUAUUUUCAGGACAUGGAUUGGAAAAGAGGAUUCCUCUACUGGAUUGAUGAUAAAGGAGAACUGAUGCGCUACAAUAUAGCAACAAAGACAAAAUUAAUAAUUCCUACAAAUUCACCAGUCUGUGCAGCAACUGUUGAUAUACCAUCAGGAGAUCUUUAUUGGUUAACUUGCGACAGAACUAAAAUUAAGAUUACCACGUUUGUUGGCUUGGUGACAAAGAUCCUCUAUCAUGCAGCCCUCAAGAAUAUUAUAUGGCAGGUCUACCUAGACUGGCAUAGGGCAUCUCUCCUCUGGCUUGAAAGUAGCAAACGCAUCCAGUUCCACCCUCUGAAAAGUGGGCUAAUCAAGGAAGUGUGGAAUGAAACCUGGACAGAAGAUACUCCAUUAGUUCUGGAUAUAAGUUCAUGCAAUUUUUUCUGGACUUCAAAAGACAUGGUGCUUAAUGUACUGAAUGUCGUCACCCACCGGAAAUAUAAUCUGAAGCAGGACUGGACCCAUGGAGUGGCAGCUGCUUAUAGGCCUUACCUGGUCACAUUCAAUGACACAUCACUUACAAUCUGGAACAUGAAGUCAAUGAAGGCCUCCACUGUGCAAGUAGCUAAAGUAAAAAAGGCACUGUUCGUCUUUGACACAGAUUUGAAAAGUAGUAAGCAAAUUCCAGUGAAUACUGUAACGCAAGUGGUUCCUGUCUCAAAUCCAACUGUUAGAUUGCCUCAUACUACGACUAGAGCAGUUCCACAGACAAAAUUGAUGACAGUCGUGUCCAGGACUACAUCUACCACCUCAGCAAUGGCACCUAUUGUUCUCCAUACUACAUUUACUACAAAGGCCGAAGUUGUGACACGUCUGGUCUGUGGAUGGGCAGAAUUGCUUUGCAGGAACGAAAAAGAGUGUGUUCCCCACGAAUACAUUUGUGAUGGGGACCAAGAUUGUUCGGAUGGAUCUGAUGAAGAGGACUGUUCCCUGUUCUGUAAUAACCCAGGAGUCUUCCAGUGCCAGAGUGGCCACAGAUGUAUAAAUGAGAAGUACCAGUGUGAUGGGAUACAACAUUGCCCUGAUGGCUCUGAUGAAUCUAGCUGCUGGACGCCAACACCCCUCUGUGCUUUACGUUGUGAUGACAACACUCGCUGUAUGCCGGAGAGCUGGUUAUGUGAUGGGAACCCAGACUGCAAUGAUGAGGCAGAUGAAAAAAACUGUGCUGAGAUCAAAUGCGGUGAUCUGCACUUCCAGUGUAAAAGCGGGCAGUGUAUUUCUUAUUUCUUGCACUGUGAUGGAAAUUACAACUGCAAGGACCAUUCCGACGAAGAAGACUGCCCAGUCCCCAAACAAGUGCACUGCUACAAUGAUGAAAUCAAAUGCCAUGAAAGUGGAGAAUGCAUCCUAAAGCAAUGGCUCUGUGAUGGGGAUCUGGAUUGCAAAGAUGGGUCAGAUGAGCAGGACUGUGGAUUUCCAAAGAUACAUUGUGGUGCCCAUCAGUGGCAAUGUCACAACUCAUUAGAAUGCAUCCCAGAUCAAUGGAAUUGUGAUGGGGAACAUGACUGCAAAGACGGGACUGAUGAGAUUGGAUGUAAGCCCAGGAAAUGCCAUAGCUAUGAAUUUCAGUGUGGUGAUACCUGUAUCAAUUACACUUUGGUCUGCGAUGGGAAAUCUGACUGCCAAGAUGGAAUGGAUGAAGGCAGAUAUUGUGCCAUGCCAUGCCAAAAAUUGUGUGCUCACAUUUGUUACAAGUCUCCUAGUGGGCCUCAAUGCGCUUGCAAUGAGGGGUUCAACCUAAGAAGUGAUGGGCACUCUUGCAAAGACAUCAAUGAAUGCAAAGAGUUGGCAGUUGUUAAAUGUGGCCAGACCUGUGUCAAUACAGAAGGCAGUUACCACUGCACAUGCCACCCUGGAUAUUUACUGGAGCCUGAUAACCACACAUGUAAAGUAAUUGGUUCCGAGCCAUCACUGCUAGUUGCAGUUCAGUUUGACUUACUCGUAUUCGGAUUAAGGACCAUGAAGGAGGAUGUUAUCUUGAGAGUUGAUCAUGAUGUCAUUAUCUUUUCCAUUGACUACGAUUUUGUAUCACAGACAGUCUUUUGGAUGAAUCUCAAUGCAGAAAGUAUUAAGUGGAUUGAUAUGAAAACCAAGGAAAAGGGAACUCUAAUAAAAGGCAUCAAAUCUGACAGUAUAGCAGUGGACUGGUUAGGAAGGAAUCUUUACUGGACUGAUGGUACCUCGGGACAGAUCUUGGCUACAUGGUUAAAUAGCACUUGGAAGGGAAAUCCUGUCUAUACGGUGGUUCUUGAGGAUCUGGAGCAACCACGGUCAUUAGCUCUCCACCCACUGGAUAGAUUUAUGUAUUGGUGUGAAAUAAGCGUUGAAUCCAAAAUCAAAAAAGCAGGGAUGGAUGGAAGUAAUAAAGAAGUGCUAAUUGAUGAUGGAAUUGGUUGGCCCACAAGCAUAGCCAUUGACUUCUUGAGCUGGAGAAUUUUCUGGUCUGAUGACAAGUUUCACUCCAUUGGUUCAGCCUUUUUGGAUGGUAGCAAUAUGAAGAUUUUUCAGCUGGAUGAGAUACAUAGUCCCUUCUCAGUGAGUAUCUUUGAAGACUACGUCUAUUGGUCUGACAUGCAAACAAGGAUAGUACAGAAGAUAGACAAAAGGACAGCCAAAAAUAGAACAGUUCUCCUAAAGAGUCAUGGACAACCAUAUGGACUAAAGGUGAUGCAUGAAGUUCUGCAGCCAGCAGCCUCUAAUCCAUGUGUAGAAGUUGGAUGUUCGUAUUUGUGUCUCUUAAGCCCCAGCAAAAGAGGAAGCUGCCACUGCCCACUUGAAUUUGUGCUAUCAAGUGAUGGAAAGACCUGCAUUCCAUUAAAGGAGUCAGCAUUCAUGUUACUGGUUGCCCAGACAGAUGUUACCCAGGUCUACCUGAAAAAACUGCGUUCCACAGCUGGGCAGAUAGCUCUUCCUGAGCACAGCACUCUCCCCUUGACUAAUGUAACUCACCUGAUGGCUGUAGACUACUCUGUACGCAGUGCUGCUUUGUACUUCUCAGACUUAAAUGACGACUUCAUAAAAGUCCUGGCUAUUAAAGAUGCUGGAAGAGCCUCUUUGAAGAAGAUUCUGCCAGUUGAGGGCACUGUGAUAUCACUUGCACUUGAUUGGCUAAGUGCCAACAUCUAUUGGAUUGACAAUAAAUAUUCAGCUGUCCAAGUGGCAGCAUCAGAAGGCAAAUAUAGGCAUGUGGUACUUAGUGAUGGUCUGUACAACCCAACCACUGUGGUGGUGCAUCCCCCAACUGCAUCCAUGUGCAUUGUGGAUUUAGGCGGUGAACAUGGCAUACCCGAUCCCACGAUAGAAUGUGCUGCUAUGGAUGGGAGUAGGCGGAGAAUACUCUGGAAGAGAUCCCUGAUUCCUGUUGGUUUAACAAUAGUGGAUUCUGGCACUUGGCUCUAUUGGGCUGAUCAAGCAAAAGGUUCUGUGGAAAGCAUUCGUCUAGAUGGCUCUGGGCACAGACUCAUUCGGAGAGGAAUACAUGGCCUUACGCUCUUCACAAUAGGGGAUGGAAAGAUGUUCUGGACAACAGCAGCACGCAAUCAUGCAAUAAAGGUGUGGCAUAGUCAGCUGGACACAGUAGAAAACUGGUGGUUUCAAACAAAUCUGAAACUUGUGGAUAUAAAGAUCUACAGCAAACUAUACCAACAAGGUAGAAAUGGUUGUUCGGAAAAGCAUGGGGGAUGCAGUCAGAUCUGUUUACCAAAUCCACAAGGCCGAAGUUGCUGGUGCACCACGGGGUACAUUUUAGAACGCGAUACUGUGUGCAUCAAAGCCGUGAUAUGCUCAGAGCCUUUUCAAGCCUGCUCGGAUAACAGCAAAUGCAUUGUAAAAGAACAAGUCUGUGAUGGAAAUCUUGAUUGUCAUGAUGGAUCUGAUGAGUUGAAUUGUCACUACAUUGUCAAUAAACCCCAAGCAAUAACUCCAUCUCGGACAACACUGAUGCAAACAAAGCCAUUUUAUGAAAAGAAAACUCUGGCACCCAUCAAAAUCACCACAAAGAAACCUGUCACUAAAAAGAUGCACGUGCAACCACAGACAAAAUACAAGAGUACUACUGUUACUGUCUUUAAAAGUACAACUUCUACCACUACGCAGAUCCCUCCUCCAAGAAGAGGACAAAAACCUACACGCCCUGAAGUGGGGAAAUGGCAAAAUCCCUCUCUAGUGCAGGGGGUCAAACAAAGUGACUUAGGGUCGCAUGCUUGUAACACUGAGACCUGUAACAUGAGAGGAGACUGUACUGUGGAAAACCAUAGAAUAAAGUGCAAUUGCAUGCUGGGAUAUAGUGGUGACCAUUGCGAAAAAGAAGAACCGAAGUCUACAGCUGGUUCCAUUGUUUUGAGUAUCAUUACUGUCUUACUACUUGUUAUGGGAGCUGCAGGGAUCUUUAUCUACUUUAGGAGGCAAAGAUCACGUCUAAGAGCAUCAAGUACAGGGUCCGAUAAAACAUUGGCCAUCUACCAGAAGGAUAACCAACCAGAAGGAGACAGCUUUGUUGAAGAUGAAACGUGCAUCAAUGCAGCUUAUGACCCAGGCCAGGAAAUGUCAACUCCUCUGAAGACAAGCACAAGCACAGAUUUGUAAGAAAAAUGAACUAUGUUAACUAUAAACCUCAUGCUGUAUUCUCCAGCUGGAAACCAGGGAUGAUUAUGCAGAAUUACAGAAUGGGAAUUUCUCAAUGUCGUAUUUAUUAUAUUAACAGUCAGUCUUUUAAUGUUCAUUUUAAAUAGCAUUUUAAAAGCUAUUUAAGUAGCAUUUUAAAAGCCAGCUGAAAGUAGCAAACAUGGAGAGAUUCCGCUGAUAGCAUGAGUUAGAUUCCAGUUUUACAGUGGUGUGGAGACCCAGUGAAAUGAACUGCAAUCACUUCUAGAGGCCAAACGGGAUAGCUGGAUCCAGUACUCAACUAGCAGCAGUUAUGAAAUUGACAAGCUGUAUAGUACUAUGUUUAGAGUCAUAUACCAGCUUUGCAAAUGAAGAAUAAUAUAUGCUUGUAUGAAAAAGCAAAUACACAAUAAAAACUUUGGCUCAAACAA